UCAUCCACUGUCCUCUCAACCAGAACUUUGCUUUGGAUGAGCCAAAGACCACCAAAGACGAUACGAGUGGUCUUCACAUCCAGCGGUGCACAUGGACGACAAUGGUUGGCCUUAAACCCGUUGGGUUGACUAUGGCACUCGCUCGUACCUCCUGUUGUGCUCCACUCAUGUGACGUCUAAUGUCCUGGAGUCAAGCUGACGCUGAACCAUGGUCAUUCUUCAGCAGGGCGACUAUGUGUGGCUGGACCUUAAAACUGGUCGAGAGUUUGACGUUCCCGUGGGGGCGGUGGUCAAACUGUGCGACUCGGGCGAGAUCCAAGUACUAGACGAUGAGGGCCGGGAACAUUGGAUAUCCCCUCAGAACGCCAGCCACAUCAAGCCCAUGCACCCCACCUCCAUCCAGGGGGUGGAAGACAUGAUCCGAUUGGGUGACCUCAAUGAAGCGGGCAUCCUUCGCAACCUGCUGAUCCGCUACAACGAACGAGUCAUCUAUACAAAUUGCGGUGGAAGGACAUACACCGGUUCCAUCCUGGUAGCUGUCAAUCCCUACCAACUUCUGCCCAUCUACACGCCCGACCAGAUCCGACUGUACACCAACAAAAAGAUCGGCGAGAUGCCGCCACACAUCUUCGCCAUCGCCGACAACUGCUACUUCAACAUGCAGCGCAACAACAAAGACCAGUGCUGCAUCAUCAGUGGUGAGUCCGGAGCUGGGAAGACUGAGAGCACCAAACUAAUUCUUCAGUUCCUGGCGGCCAUCAGCGGUCAGCAUUCCUGGAUUGAACAGCAGGUCCUGGAGGCCACUCCUAUUCUUGAAGCCUUUGGCAACGCCAAGACCAUCCGCAACGACAACUCAAGCCGCUUCGGAAAGUACAUCGACAUCCACUUCAACAAGCGAGGUGCCAUCGAAGGGGCCAAGAUAGAACAGUACCUGCUGGAGAAAUCACGUGUGUGCCGGCAGGCACCAGAUGAGAGGAACUACCAUAUUUUCUACUGCAUGUUGAAGGGCAUGCUCCCAGAGAUGAAGUCCAAGCUGGGUCUGGGUUUGGCAACAGACUACUGCUACCUUACCAUGGGUCAAUGCACCGAGUGCGACGGUCGCGACGACCUGACCGACUACUCCAGCAUAUUGGCGGCCAUGAAGGUGUUGAUGUUCACUGAGACGGAGACAUGGGAAAUCUCCAAGUUACUUGCUGCCAUUUUGCACAUGGGCAACUUGCGAUUUGAAGCACGUACAUACGACAACUUGGACGCCUGCGUUGUCGUCAGAUCACCUGACUUGGUCACUGCUGCAUCCCUCAUGGAGGUGGAGCCAAAAGAUGUGAUGGUUUGUUUGACCACGCGAACCCUGAUCACACGUGGUGAAAGUGUGGCCACGCCUCUCAGCGUGGAACAAGGCCUGGAUGUCCGCGACGCCUUUGUCAAGGGUAUUUACGGCAGGUUAUUUGUGUGGAUCGUGGACAAGAUCAACGCCGCCAUAUACAGACCGCCAUCCUGCGAUGACAUUAAUGUGAUGCGUCGUUCCAUCGGAUUGCUGGACAUCUUUGGAUUCGAGAACUUCAUUGUUAACAGUUUCGAGCAGUUAUGCAUCAACUUCGCCAACGAGAACCUGCAGCAAUUCUUCGUGCGCCAUGUCUUCAAGCUGGAGCAGGAAGAGUACAACUUGGAGGAUAUCAGCUGGCAGCACAUUGCGUUCACAGACAACCAGGACGCGCUGGACAUGAUAGCCAACAAGCCGAUGAACAUCAUCUCUCUUAUUGAUGAGGAGAGCAAGUUCCCCAAGGGAACUGACUCCACAAUGUUGUACAAGCUCAACUCACAACACAAACUUAACUCCAACUACAUCCCCCCGAAAAACAGCUACGAGAGCCAGUUUGGUAUCCAACACUUUGCCGGUGUGGUACACUAUGAGACCAGAGGAUUCCUGGAGAAAAACCGUGACAGUCUCCACACAGAUAUCAUCCAACUCGUACACUCGUCCAAGAACAAGUUCAUCAAACAGAUCUUCCAGGCAGACGUGGCCAUGUUUCUGUGUGGCUAUCAGCAGCCCAGCACGCCUGCUCCUAAGGGUGUGGAGACCAGGAAGCGUUCCCCAACGUUGAGCAGCCAGUUCAAACGUUCACUGGAGAUGCUGAUGCGGACACUCAGCGUUUGUCAGCCCUUCUUCGUCCGUUGCAUCAAACCCAAUGAACUCAAGAAACCCAUGCUGUUCGACAGAGAGCUGUGCAUCCGUCAGCUACGUUACUCCGGCAUGAUGGAAACCAUUCGGAUCAGACGGGCAGGAUAUCCCAUCCGAUAUUCUUUUGCAGAGUUUGUGGAUCGUUACAGAGUCCUUGUGCCCGGUGUCAAACCUGCUCAUGUACAGGACGAUCUGCGAGGAACCUGCCAGCAGAUAGUGCUUGCCAGACUGGGGAGACACGGAGACUGGCAAAUUGGAAAAACCAAGAUUUUCCUCAAGGAUCACCACGACAUGCAACUGGAGAUUGAGCGAGACAAGGGCAUCACCGACAAGGUUAUCCUUAUUCAGAAAGCGGUGCGCGGACUCAAGCAGAGGACCACUUUCCUCCGACUGAGAAGUGCUGUUACCGUUAUUCAGAAGCUUUGGCGAGGUUAUCGCUGCAGGAGGAACUACAAAAUUAUGCGCCGCGGCUUCCUGCGCCUGCAGGCCGUCUACAGGGCUAGGAAGUACUACACGAGCUACCGUGCCACACGCCACUGCGUGGCCCUCAUCCAGGCCCGCUGCAGGGGGUUCCUAGUACGCCAGACGUUCUGGCGGCGUCUCCGUGCCGUGUUGACCAUCCAGGCGUAUACCAGGGGCAUGAUAGCCAGACGCCUCGGCCAAAGGCUCAGGGCAGAGCUGCAGCAUCGCCUUGAGGCUGAGUCCCAGCGUCUGGCUGAGGAGGAGCAGCUACGCAACCAGAUGACGGCGAGGCGCGCCAAGGCAGAGGCGGACAGGAAGCACCAGGAGCGCCUGUUCCAGUUGGCCCAGCAGCAGGAGGAGCGCGAGCGUGAAGAGCGAGAGGAGGCACGCAGGAAGAAGGAGCUGCUGGAGCAAAUGGAGAGGGAACGUGAGCAACCGGUGGAUCACUCGGACAUGGUAGACCGCAUGUUCGGAUUCCUGGGAAACCCUGGACCACUGCCCAACCAGGAUGGACAAGCCCCCGCCGGCUUUGAGGACCUGGUGAACGCUCCUCGUAGUGAGGAGGCCGAGGUGGAGGUGGUGAAUGAAGCUCUUCCGUUGCCCGAUGAGGAAGAUGAGGAUCUGUCUGAGUAUAAGUUCUCAAAGUUCGCAGCCACUUACUUCCAAGGCGUCUCCACACACACCUACAUAAAACGACCUCUGAAGCAACCGUUGCUUUUUCACGAGGAUGAAGGAGACCAACUGGCUGCGUUAGCCGUGUGGAUCACCGUGCUGCGGUUCAUGGGGGAUCUGCCCGAGCCCAAAUGCCAGCUAGUUUUCAACGACGGGAGCGAAAAGAUCCCCGUCAUGACCAAGAUCUAUGAAACCCUUGGCAAGAGGACCUACAAGAGGGAGCUUCAGGAGUUGCAGUUGGAUGCAGAGAACAGUUCCAUAGAAAGCCAGAAGAGGAACAGUGUCCGACAUAAGCUUGUGUCUCUCACCCUAAAGAGGAAGUCUAAGAUCACUGAAGAGGUCACCAGGCGACUGACCGAAGGGGAUUAUAGCCUCCAAGGGAACAGCAUGCUUGAAGACCGACCUACCUCCAAUUUGGAGAAACUUCACUUCAUCAUUGGAAACGGUAUCCUGAGGCCUGCCCUCAGAGAUGAGAUCUACUGUCAGAUCUGCAAGCAGCUCUCUCAGAAUCCAUCUAAAAGCAGUCAUGCCCGCGGAUGGAUCCUCCUUUCACUCUGUGUCGGCUGCUUCGCUCCCUCGGAGAAAUUUGUCAAGUAUUUGCGGACAUUCCUGGUCAACGGCCCACCUGGUUAUGCUCCGUAUUGUGAGGAAAGAUUGCGGAGAACCUUUGUAAACCGUACACGGACGCAGCCGCCAUCUUGGUUGGAGUUACAGGCUACAAAAUCAAAGAAGCCCAUCAUGCUGCCUGUAACGUUUAUGGAUGGAACCACCAAGACUCUUCUGGCAGAUUCAGCCACCACUGCCAGCGAACUUUGUAACGCUCUUGCAGACAAGAUCAACCUCACAGAUCGCUUUGGUUUCUCAUUGUACAUCGCUCUCUUCGACAAGGUAUCAUCAUUGGGCAGCAGCAGCGAUCACGUCAUGGAUGCCGUAUCCCAGUGUGAGCAGUAUGCCAAGGAGCAGGGCGCCCAGGAGCGCAAUGCCCCCUGGAGACUGUUCUUCAGGAAAGAGAUCUUCACUCCGUGGCACGACCCCGCCAACGACUACGUGGCCACCAAUCUUAUUUAUCAGCAGAUCGUGCGAGGAGUGAAGUUCGGAGAGUACAGAUGUGAAAGGGAGGAGGACCUAGCUGAGCUGGCCUCUCAGCAGUAUUACGUGGAUUACGGUGUCGAUAUCCUGCACGAUCGCCUCCUCAGCCUUAUCCCAUCCUACAUCCCUGACAGAGAGAUUACCUCCGCCAAGACUGCAGAGAAGUGGGCUCAGCUCAUUGUCACCGCCCACAAGAAGGGACUGUACAACAUGAGGAGGCCCAACACGCAAAAGGUGAAGGAGGAUGUGGUUUCUUUCGCUCGACUUAAGUGGCCUUUGCUGUUCUCACGCUUCUACGAGGCCUUCAAAUUCUCUGGGCCAAGCCUGCCCAAGAAUGAUGUUAUCGUCGCAGUAAACUGGACCGGCGUUUACUUUGUUGACGAGCAGGAACAGGUCCUUCUGGAGCUUUCUUUCCCGGAAAUCAUUGCCGUCUCCAGUAGCAGAGGGGGAAAACUCCAAGGCCAGAGUUUUACAUUGGCAACCAUCAAAGGAGACGAGUACACGUUCACGUCUAAUAACGCAGAGGACAUCAGAGACCUAGUUGUGGCCUUCUUGGAAGGUCUGAGGAAGCGUUCCAAGUUUGUGGUCGGACUGCUGGACUGUCCUAACCCUGCAGGUACAGAGUCCACAUUCCUAAGCUUCUCCAAAGGGGAUCUGAUCAUAUUAGAUGAACAUGACGGGGAGCAUGUGAUGAACUCUGGCUGGGCUCACGGGGUCAACGACAGGACUAAACAUCGAGGGGACUUCCCAGCCGACUGUGUUUACGUUCUGCCCACUGUCACCAGACCUCAAUACGACAUUGUGGCGCUGGUAACGAUGACUCCAGAUCAGCGGCGGGAAUCUGUCACAUUGUCCCAGAUGAGCCUUGCCGAUAGCGAAGAUAAAAGCAAAGCCUACACGCUGGAGGAAUUCUCCUACGAUUACUUUAGGCCUCCUCCGAAGAGCACUCUAAGCAGGGUGAUGAUUUCAAAGACUCGAGGGAAGGAACGUCUCUGGUGCUGCAGCCGGGAGCCUCUCAAGCAGCCUCUCCUAAAGAAGGUCUUAGCCCAUGAGGAGCUUUCCCAGGAGGCCUGCCAGGCAUUCAUGGCUGUGAUGAAGUACAUGGGCGACUACCCAUCCAAACGAGCACGCUCUGUCAACGAGCUCACCGAUCAGAUAUUUGAAGGAGCACUGAAAGCUGAGCCACUCAAAGAUGAGAUCUUCUGCCAAAUUGUCAAACAGCUCACCGACAACCACAUCAAGUACAGCGAGGAAAAAGGUUGGGAGCUCCUGUGGCUCUGUACUGGCUUGUUUCCUCCCAGCAACAUCCUGCUGCCUCAUAUUCAGAAGUUUCUCCAGGCCAAGAAGCACUACCCUCUGGCUCCAGAUUGCAUGCAACGUCUACAGAAAGCCUUACGAAACGGAUCAAGGAAGUACCCGCCUCACUUGGUGGAGGUGGAAGCCAUUCAACACAAAACCACUCAGAUCUUCCACAAAGUAUACUUCCCAGAUGACUCAGAUGAGGUGUUCGAAGUAGAGUCAAGCACCAAGGCCAAAGACUUUUGCCAUAACAUUUCAGGACGUCUGUUGCUUAAAUCUUCAGAGGGUUUCAGCCUUUUUGUCAAAAUCACAGACAAGGUCAUUAGCGUGCCAGACGGUGACUUCUUCUUUGAUUUUGUGCGCCACCUUACUGACUGGAUUAAGAAAGCCAGACACGUGAAAGACGGCGUGGCGCCUUCACUGACCUACCAGGUGUUCUUUAUGAAAAAGCUCUGGACUACCACCAUGCCAGGGAAAGACUCCAUGGCUGACUCCAUCUUUCACUACUACCAAGAGCUGCCAAAGUACCUGCGAGGCUACCACAAGUGUACCAAAGAGGAAGUGCACCAGCUGGCGGCGCUCAUUUAUCGAGUGAAGUUUGAGGAUGACAGGUCUCACUUCCAGAACAUGCCCAAGAUCCUCAAGGACCUCGUCCCUCAGGACCAGACCCGACAUCUGUCCGCCGACGACUGGAAGAGGUCAAUCAUGUCGGUGUUCAACAAACAAUCUGGAAAGACGAAAGAAGAGGCCAAACUGUCUUUCCUCAAAAUAAUCUACAAGUGGGCAACUUUUGGUUCAGCUUUCUUUGAGGUCAAGCAAACCACAGAUCCAAAUUACCCUGAGACUGUCCUGAUUGCCAUAAAUAAACACGGAGUCAGUCUGAUUGACCUAAAGUCGAAGGACAUCCUGAUCACACACCCCUUCACCAAGAUUUCCAAUUGGAGCAGCGGCAACACCUAUUUCCACAUCACCAUCGGCAACCUGGUGCGAGGCAGCAAGCUGCUUUGUGAAACUUCGUUGGGCUACAAAAUGGACGACCUGCUGACGUCGUACAUCAGCCAGAUGCUGACCACCAUGACCAAACAGCGAAGCUCUCGGGGUAGCAGCAAAUAAAGUCCGGGGACGCCAUCUUGGCCCUUAACACUCACUAGUUGCCUUUCAAUUGUUAGUUCAUCACCUUUAGGUGAUGCAUGUUCUGAUGUGAUUUCUGUACUUUUUCUGACACAUUUCACUAGAGAAUUCAUUUUGAUAGCAUUUUCUUUAGCUGUGAUGUUUCAGGAGACUUGGUAAGUAGCUUCUUUUAUUUCAAGACUGUUGACAAGUAAGCGAACAUAAUGCAUGAUAGACUGUAUAUGUAUAUAACCAUCCCCCCUACCCUCAACGUGUUGUUCUCAUGUAGACGUCAAUAAAUGACUUUGGAACAUAUUUUGAACUAAAUCAGGGCAAGUAUG